CACCUUGACAACAUUUGACCUUGGCAUUGCCGAUCGGUUGUACACACGAGAGAGCCAUGGCUUCAGUAUUUGGGGACAUCGAGAUCGCACCACCGAUCGAAGUGUUCAACUUGACAGCUCAAUACAACGAAGACAGCCACCCAAACAAGGUUAAUCUCGGGGUUGGAGCUUACAGGACAGAUGAGGGUAAGCCAUGGGUACUACCGGUGGUGCGUACCGUGGAGGCCCAGAUGGCUACAGACCCCACCCUGAACCACGAGUACCUCCCUGUGGCGGGGAUGCCAGAUUUCAGGGCAGCUGCCCUUAAACUACUCCUGGGAGAAGACUCUCCAGCACUCAGUGAAAACAGGGUAGAAGGUGUCCAGUCUAUUGGGGGCACUGGAGCGAUAAGAAUCUGUGCAGACUUCUGUAAGAAGAUGCUGGGUUACGAUACAAUGUACACGUCCAAUCCAACAUGGGGUAAUCAUAUGGGUAUAUUCAAAAGUUGUGGAUAUUCUAAUGUCAAACAGUACAGAUACUGGGACGCACAAAAUCGCACCAUUGACUUCAGUGGAAUGAUGGAAGACUUAAAUGCAGCACCUGAGAAGUCGGUUGUGAUAUUCCAUGGCUGUUGUCACAACCCUACAGGAAUCAACCCGACAGCAGAUCAAUGGAAAGAAAUAGCUGAUUUAGUGGAGAAGAAGAAGUUUAUGGUAAUGCUGGAUGAGGCAUAUCAAGGUUUCGCCUCCGGAAACCUGGAGCAGGACGGAUCUGUAGCACGCUACUUUGUUAAAAGGGGAUUUGAAUUUUUUGUCUCACAAUCAUUUUCCAAAAACUUUGGAUUAUACAAUGAAAGAAUAGGAAACUUAGCUAUAAUAUGCGCAAAUAAAGAUGCAAAGCUCCGAGUGAAGUCUCAGAUGGAGAUGGUCGUCAGGACUACAUGGUCAAAUUCACCCAAUCAUGGAGCUAGAAUUGUGGCAUCAGUCCUCAAUAACCCAGCAUACUAUGCAGAAUGGAAAGAGCAUGUGAAAACAAUGUCAGAUAGAAUCAAGAUGAUGAGAGAGAUGCUCUUCCAGAAACUGAAGUCCCUAGGCACACCCGGAAAAUGGGAUCACAUUAUCGAGCAGAAAGGGAUGUUCAGCUUUACAGGGUUAAAUCCUGGACAAGUUGACAUUUUGAUAAAGAAAUACCACAUCUACCUAUUGAAGAAUGGUCGCAUCAAUAUGUGUGCUUUGACAACUGCAAAUAUGGAAUAUGUAGCUAAUGCCAUUCACUCAGCCAUAACGGAAUGCAAGCUUUGAAAAAAACUGAGAUCUAGGAGGUCAAACAAUGAGAAGAUCUUGAUUAAUUAGUGGAUGAUCUUUCAAUGUGAUACAAAGAAAAUAUUUACAUUAUUCAAUUUCAUUUCUUUAUGUCAUGUUUAAUUUAAAAGAAUUAAGGACUGCAUAUAUAUCUACAUGUACUUGUAUGUAUCGAUAGGAAAUCUAUGUUAAUAUAUCUUUUUCAGGACUUGAAUAUGAUUGAAUACAGUGCCAAAUUUAAUUUAAAGACCUCAUCUUUGCUCUUUGCAUGCUGUAAUGAUUUAAUAUUCUAGGAAAUUUUAUAUCAUAUUCAGAAAUGGUGAUACAGAUAUGCAAUACAUGUAAUUAGUAUAUCAUAUUAACUAAGCGUAGCUUAUUCCAUGCAAGCAUGUGCAUUAAUACUCUGUAUUGGCUUCAGUACAGUUUUUUUACUGGAAUGUUUUUAUUUUUUAAAUGUUUGCUGAUUUAAAAGAAAGCAGUGUAAAAGAUACAUUUACCAUCUGCAAACAUGAAUGGCUAUACAAAAUAUUACAUACAUAUUGCUACAGAUAUAUAUCAUUGCACUUAAUAUUUUUGUGUUACUUUGUUUUGAAGGUGCUUUAUAUAGAAAACUUUCAUAUUUAUGAUGUUUACUAACUAUCUUUUUAUUCUACUUAAUAUGAACUAACCUAUUCAAUUGGGGUUUAAAAAAUUCAACUUUCCAACAUUUUACAUCUGCAUGUGAACAGUAAAUUAUUGCUUACAUCGCAUCUUUAAACAUCUUGAUUAAGUUAUACCUACAUAAAUACAUGCUUUAUAUUUUAAAGCUGUUAUGAAUGUGAAUGUUUACAGUCAUUCUUUUAUCAUACAGUUAGGAAGAGUUAUGUUAGCCAAUCGUAUAGUGUUGUUGAUAAUUUCAGUAGAGGGCUAUUUUUAUUUUUGUCUAGCUGUUUAAAGACAAAUUUUGUUAAUGUUGUACAUUUUGUCAGCUUAUUUGCAUGUGCUGGUUUUGUACAGAUCUAAAAUGAAUGAAUUACUUCCAAAUAAAAUAGUGAGUACUGUUCA